UUAUGUAAAUGAUGUCGGGGAGAGAUCGAAUCAGUCAACUUCCUAUAGAAAUACUUGACAAUAUUUUGGGGUUUUUGCCGAUCGUAGAAGCUGCUAGAACUACCGUUUUGUCUACCAUUUGGAGAGGUUGUUGGUCCAAUCUCACACAACUUAACUUCGAUGAUCAGUUCUUUGCUUGCGUUGGGAAAAAAUAUUCCGGCAGUUAUAAUAGCACAACAACUUGUAUGUAUGUAAUCAACAAAGUUCUCAUGCGGCACCAUGGACCUAUUCGGAAAUUUGUCUUGGAUUUUAAGGGUGACGUAUCAAUCAUUGAUGAUGGGCCUAAUUCUCGAAAGUUUGACUUCGAUCAAUGGUUCCUUUUUAUCACUCAAAAAGGUGUUGAAGAAAUGAGCAUUGCUUUUCUAGCGACAUAUGAAAUUGAUGGAAUAAAUAAAUACUUCAUGCUCCCAAAUUGCAUAUUUUCUUGCUUAACUCUCAAGAGGUUGGAUCUCAGUGGAGUAUUAAUUGCCCCAACAAUAAAUGCCCCUUGCAUAUUUCCAAAUGUCACUUCACUUAGUUUCACCGGUGUUGUCUUUGGUCCUAUUACUCUAGAUUGUGUUAUAGAUGUUCCUAUGCUUGAUACUCUCUCAUUCAACCAAUGUGAAGAUGUGUCAUAUUUCAACAUUAAGGCUCCAAGGCUUGGCAGUUUAACACUCUACAAUUAUGAAAUUGAUGACGAUAUCAAGGUUUAUCGUCGUAUUACCCCGGUUAACAUGGACUUGUCAUUUAUUCAUACUUUUUGUUUGGAUUUUAAUUUCAAGUUUUUUGUCAGCGAACUUACUAGAUGGGGACCUGAACUAAAUGUGGAAUGCAUAGAGUUAGCAUAUGUCGAGUUUCAUGGUGAUGAUGACUUUUCUUCAUUUAUUCAUUCAUUACGAAUAUGCCCAAAAUUACGCAAGCUCGAUAUAAUGACUGUAUUGAUUGAUGCAGUAAUCUCUAAAUAUACACUUUUUGAGGGAUUUAAAAGUGCGGCCAAAAUGCUUAAAAUGCUUCACACUUUGAAGCUUAGAUCAUUCAAUUGGUCGAUGUCUGAAUUGCGAUUCAUCAUGAUGAUACUUGCUUGCUUUCCCGCUCUUGAGAAGGUUGUCAUUAUUCGUUCGGUGAAGUUUGACUCCAAUAAUGAAUUUAAAAUUAUGCAAAAGCUUUUAAAUUUUCCUCGGGCAUCAAGGAAAGCAAAAAUCAUUUACAUAUAAGCAUCUUAUUACAUUUUUGCUAAAUUGAAUUUAUGCAUCUCCUUGAUUCAUUCUUUAAGUUCAAUAUUAUGCAAUGUACUAAUGGUUAGCUCAAGUAUCCUUACUAGUUGAAUCUUCUAGUACACAACCCUUUUUUGGUUUUGAAUUAUUCUUAUGGUGCUAGCUAGUUAUCUACAAA